GUAAGCUGCGCUCCCUCCGCCACCAUGAACGAGCUCCGGGCAGUUUCUGCCUCUGGUUCCAAAGAGUAAAGUCUUGUUAUUUCUACCCGAGCUGAAUCCCCUCGCCGGACCAAAGUAGAUGCGACACCGACUCAAGAUCCUGGAAUGAAUGAAGUGAGGAAUGGACGUGCAUCCGCCAGCGUUGUACAGUUUCCUGCAGAAUGUCCAAGAUCAGGCGGAAAGUAACAGUGGAGAAUUCAAAGACCAUAUCUGACAGCAGCAGCACCACGACCAGCAGCAGCAGCAACCCCGCCGCCCCGUCCCGCCGGCCCAGCGUGUUCGAAAGGCUCGGUCCCAGCACUGGGAGUAAUGCUGCAGAUAGUCACUGCAGAAAUUGGUUGAAGACCGGAAAUUGCAGUUACGGCAACACUUGUCGCUACACACAUGGAACUCAACCACGGGCCAAAGGAUUUAGCUUCAGCCGGUCAACCGAGCGGCCCACAGGUGAUCUGCGGGAGAGGAUGAAGAAUAAGAGACAGGAUGCUGACUCAGAAAACCUGAAGCGUGACGCAGACGAGCCCGCAUCCCCGACAGCAAGACAGAGAGACUCCUCUAGAGGCCGACACAGGGAGAAGGAGGACAUAAAGAUCACAAAGGAACGCACUCCAGCCAGUGAAGAAGAGCCCACAGAGUGGGAAACCAAUCGAGAAGACUCAGAUAUCGGUGACUACGACUACGAGUUAUCCCUAGAAAUGAAGCGCCAGAAGAUUCAACGUGAGUUGAUGAAACUGGAGCAGGAGAACCUGGAAAAGAGGGAGGAGAUUGUCAUCAAGAAAGAAGAGACCACCACCAAAACCAGAACCACCGCCUUGCCGAAGGUCUCCCCAGAGCCGUUGAGCUCCAAAGAUUCACCGUCACCAAGGAAGUCUGCUGGCUCCCCGAAACACAAAAGUGGAACCAAAGGGCCAGGCUCUGGGAAGAAAGAGAAGAAGGCGUCCAUAUCCUCGCCUGUUUCAGAAUCUACCAGGUCUACAAAAGGGAGCCAUAGUAAAAAGAAAGGACCUCGUACCCCCAGUCCUCCUCCACCAGUCCCUCUGGACCUCCCUGUGGUUGGGAAGAAACACAAAUGCAAGCACAAAAACAAGGAGAAGUCUGAGGAAAAGCCGAAGGAAGGGAAAGAUCGGGGACGAGAUACAGAGAAACACAAGGAGAAGAAGGAGAAACGCAGAGACCGAUCAGACAGUUCCCACAAAGCCAAGCGGUCGGUGACAUCAGAGGAGCCUUCUCCCACCAGAUGUCCUUCGCCCACAGUGCGGAAGAAAUCCACCUCUCCUAAAGCUUCGUCCCAUAAAACCUCAGUGCUGGUCUCGCCUCCUCGCAGGUCUCCCUCUCUUCCACGCCACCAGCGGACCCCGACUCCUCCCCGCCACCGCUCCCCUUCGUCCCACUCCGGCUCCUCCGCCCAGCGCCACUCGCCGUCGCCUCGCCGGCGUCGCUCCUCCUCUCCCACCUACCACCGGAGCAGUGCUGCAGCAGGCUCCUCCCCACAGAGCUCCAGGCGCUCCAGGUCGCCGCCGGCCUCCCACGACGCCUCGUCGCCCCGACGCCGCUCUGACAGAUCAAGCCCUGGCCGGCAGCACUCCCGGGGCCGCGAGAGGAGUCGUGGUGACCGGGAGAGGAGUCCGCCCGCCCAGGAGCGCAGGCAUGAGCACAGAGAUGACAGCCGCAGCAAGCGAGAGAAAGACAGUGUCCGUGACGACCGGGACUAUGACUCGGAGCAGGUCUCAUCGCGUGACGACAGGGAGACCAGGGAGGCUCGUGAGCGACGGGACACUCGCGAUAGAGGACGGGAAACCGUCCGCGACCAUCGAGACAGCAGGGACGUGAAGGACUCCAAAGAGAGCAGGACAGACACCCGGUCCAGUCGAGAGUCCCUGGAGCGGCGGGAUCGCGAGCGGGAACGAGAGAGGGACCGGGAUAAGGACAGAGAUCGAGAGAAGGAGCGAGAGAGGGAGAGGACUGAUACUUACAGGAAAGAGGAACCCGCUCAGGACGACAGGAGUUAUGGGAGAGGACAUGGCCGUGAAGAUGGAGGGAGAGCCGAAGGGAGGACUGAGAACAGGACAGACAGAGCUGAGAGGAACGGAAGAGGGAGAGGGCGUACAAAUGAAACAUCUGAUAAAGGCUCAAACAGAAACUCCAGAGGUUCCCAACUGGAAAGUACCCACGACAACUGGGAGUCCCGAAGCAGCGUGGCGCGUGAGAGGAGUGUGGAGAGGAGCACAGAUCGCAGCGCCACCGAGAGAAGCUCGGAGAGGGGCUCAGACCGAGAUCGCUAUGAUGGUGACAGAAGGGAGCCGGCCCGGGACUCCUCCUAUGACAGGAGAGGAGGGCACGGAGAGCGGGAUCGCAGAGACAACCGGGAGAGAGAUCAAAGAGCAGCUUCUCCAAACAGACACCAGGGGCGAUCGGAGGAGCCUGAGAGGGAGGAUAGGAGAGACGAUCGCAGGACAGAUAGAGUGGAGGAGAGACGAGACGACCGGACCCGCGAUCGAGAGAGAGAGCGGGAAAGGGAACGGGAGCGGGAGAAGGAGAAAGAGAAGGACAGAGAGCGAGAGAGGGAAAGGGAGAGGGAAAAGGAGCGCGAGAAGGAGAGGGAGGCCGCCGAGAGGGAGCGGGCCAGGGAGAGGGAGCGCGAGCGGGAACGAGAGAGGGAGCGUGAGCGCGAGGAGAGGGAGAGAGAGAGAGAGCGGAAGGAGCGAGAGCGGGAGAGGGAGCAGCGGGAGAGGGAGCGAGAGCGAGAGAGGCAGCGCGAAUGGGAGGAGAGGGAAAGAGAGAGGGGAAGGGAGGAUAGGCGGGAGAGGAGAGAUGACACCAGGGAGGAGCGGCCUGUUCGAGACACCCGGGACGAUCGCAAGACGAGUCGUAAGAGGCCCAGGCCGGAGAGCAGCCCGAGCCCCCGGACCAGCCCCAAGCGAGCCGCCAGGGACCUCAGUCCGGCAGACAGCGACGGCUACAACAGUGGAGAAGACAAAAGUGAACGCCCGAUUGGCCGAGGGCAGGCCAAGCUCCACCCACAGCCCCUCCUCCCCAGCCCAGUGUGUCCGCCUCCAACUGACAGUGGCGACAAGCAUCGUCUGCUGAGCCAGGUGGUGCGACCCCAGGAGCCCCUGCUGCGUUCUCCACCGAGGCCGGCUCCUACUGAUGACAAGCCCAGUCACUGGAAGGAGGAGGAGCGCCGAGGAGCCGCGGACAAACGGGAGGCACGCAGUCGACACGAAGACGCAGAGCCUCGUGGGGACCGCACCAGAGGAGGCGACAGGCGGGCAGACCACCUUCCGGACGCGCCAGACUCCCGUGUCAGAGGCAGAGACCAGCGAGAAUCCACGCCACCUCCUGCUCCACCUCCUCCUCCUCCUCCAGUCCUCGCCACCAGCAGUGAAAACACACCUGGAACCCAGCCCCAUGAGGAAGGCAAGAAGAAGACAAAGUCACUGAGGAAAGGGCUGAAGAAGGGUCGCAAAGAUGAAGAGAUAAGCACUGGCACCAUUUUAGCUCCAGUAGGGGACCGUUCAAACAUCGAGCCCCCAGCUGCUGCUCCUGCAGAUGCUCCUCCAGCCUUGCAAUCAACCCGGAAAGUUCCCAAGAAGAAGGCGCUUGAAAGAAAGAGGAAACGCUCGCGAGGACCAGAGUCCGAUGUGUCUGAGGAGGAUGCUGCAGCGCAUCAGCCACAUAACAAGAAGAAGAGGGGUCCCCGGACCCCACCACCCUCAAUGAGGCCUGAUAACCGUGCUCCUGUAGUCAUCGCAGAGCCGGCUCCAGUACCAAAAAUGGACAACUUCAGUGACUGGUCCGAUGAGGAGGUCACAGCUCCCCCGGCUCCUGCUGAGCCUCUUAGGAGAAGUGCUGGUCCUCGGCUGGGCAGGGACAGGGAGAGGUGUAUCCCCCCUGCCAUUGCCCCCCUACUCCCCCAGGAUCCGCCAAUGCUUCUCCAGACUUUGACUCCACAGCCUCUCAUGUCCCAGCCCCUGCUCCGCAAGCCUCCUCCAGAGCAGACGCGCAGCAGCAGCUUGGGAAGCAACCAGAGCCGCACAUCAUCUCGACGCCUGAGAUCCCCCUCUAACGAGUCCGCAAACCGCGAGGACCCCCAGGGUCCACGAUCCCGCCGGGGAAGGCAGCCGGGCGCCAACUCCCGCGACCGAGAACGAGAGAGGGAGAGAGAGAGGCCGGUUGUCAAUGAGCCUCCUGUGGCUGAGAGGAAAUCUCGAAUUGACCAGUUGAGGAGAGGAGAGCCCAGCCGCAGCACCUCAUCAGACCGGCAGGAUUCUCACAGCCACAGCUCCAGACGCAGCUCUCCUGACUCCGAGAGACAGACCAGAUCCAGGUCCCGCGCCGGCUCCUACGACAGCAGAGAGCGGGAGAGAGAACGGGAGCCGUUCGAGCGGGAACGAGACCGUAAGGACCUCCGGCCUCCUCCUCCCCAACAGCCGCUGCAGCAGCCGCCACUGCUUCUCCAACCGCCCCUCCAACAACCACGAGACUGGGAGCCAGAACCAAGGGACUGGCCCAGCAGGGGACGAGAGCCCCUGCUCAUGCGUCCCGGCCGUGAGCCUCUCCUGAGGGAGCGGGACAUCAGGGACAGGGAACGCUUGCUCCCUGAAGGACUCAUCCAGCAGCAUGAGAGGGAAAGGGAGCGGGAAAGAGAGCGGGAGAGAGACAGUAGAGGCGAGAGGGGCGGCGGCGGCGAUCGAGAGAGGAUGAUGAUGAUGGACCUGCCGCCCCACGGGGACCUCAGGCCUGUAGGACGAGGGGACAUGAGAGGAGACAUUCGAGGAGGAGACAUGAGAGGAGACAUUCGAGGAGGAGACAUGAGAGGAGACAUGAUGCGGCCGGAGAGGAACGAAUAUGAGCCUCUGCUGCCGAGAGAAGCCUUUAGCUCAUCUGAGCCCGAGAAAGCCAGCAACAGUCACCAUCUCAUGGGAGAGCCACGGGAACGGGAGCUGGAGAAGACGGAGAGCAUUGACGGAGACCACGACGGUAAAGAAGACGAUGGCCAAUCAGUGCCAUCUGUUGGCGAGGAGUAUGAGCCAAUCAGUGAUGACGAGCUGGAUGAAAUUCUGGCUGAUAGUCAGAAGAAAGAGGAUCAGCAGGACGAUGAAAAAAUGACAGGUCCUCUGGAUGUGAUCGAUGUGGACUGGUCCAGCCUGAUGCCCAAACACAAGCAGGAGCCCCGGGCAGCAGGGGCAGCUCUGCUCCGGUUCACCCCAGGGGCCGUGCUCCUUAGGACGGGCAUCUCCAAGCGCCUCGCCGGGCCCAAGCUCCUGGAGCAGGUCAAAGAGGUGUGCAGGUCUGAGAUGGUCGACCCUAAAGAGGCCGACAAGCUGUUUGAGCACGAGCUUGGGGCCUUGAACAUGGCGGCCCUGAACAGGCGCGUGGAGCGGGCGGGUCUACUGACCAACCUCGGGCCCUGCUGCAAGGCCCUGUGUGCCCGCAGAGACUUCGCCAUCCGUCGGCAGCUGCUAAAAAACGACAAGGGCCUAACCAAGCAGUACCCCACGACGCCCGUAGUAGACAACGAGCUGCUGCAGAUGAGCAUGCGUCUCUUCAGAAGGACCGUGGCUGCCCAGGCUUCGGCCGCGGAGAGGCCCGACAGCCGGUCGGCGCCGGCGGCCGAGGUCUCUGCAGCCGGUAGUGGUGGUAGUAGUAGUAAGCUCAGCACAGCUCAGCCUGAGGUGUGUGUGUCCUGAAAGAAAUGAGCUUAGCGAGUAAAAGACUUCUUCGCCGUCACCCCUCUUAAACUCUGAAUCUCUCUUCCCCAAUGCAUUACAUACACAGCCUUUUUAGAUACGAGAGAAAAUAAAGAAAAACCGCAAAUUUGUGGAUUUCCGUUAUGCUUAACAUGUUUUUGACGACCUGCAAGUGCUGUGCCAUAGACUAUUGGACUUUAUAGCCUAUGGAGACGUGUCAUGUACCGCGUACGAGAAAACGUACAACAUGUGAAAUGAUGUCAUGAAUUUUUUGUGCGUGUGCAUUACAGUAUUUUAGAGCAUCUUUUUAAUUGUCCAUUUCACCUGCCUAACCAAGUUCAAAUGACUUGUUUUCAUAUAUUGUGCAUUGGUUUACAACUGUGCAUUAAAAUGGUUAGAUGUUGA